AUGAAGCACGUGCGAGUCUGCCCACGUCUGCAGGCUGUCCUGGUGCUGUCCCAGCUGACAGUGAUGUCCUGCCUGGCAAUGACGUCCCGGCUGGCCUCCCCCUGCAGCGGAGCCCUGCGCUGCCUCUGGCUCCUGGGCAUGCUCCUCCUGGCGGAAGUGUCCACACGACCCGCCAACCACUCAGCUGUCCGGGAGAGAGUGACCAACAAGGAGGAGAAUGAGAUCCUGCCCCCAGACCACCUGAAUGGGGUCAAGAUGGAGAUGGAUGGGCAUCUCAACAAGGAAUUCCACCAGGAGGUCUUCCUGGGCAAGGCCCGUGAUGAGUUUGAUGAGGACUCGGAGCCUCGAAGGAGCCGGAGGAAGCUGAUGGUCAUCUUCUCCAAGGUGGACGUGAAUGCCGACCGCAGGAUCAGUGCCAAGGAGAUGCAGCGCUGGAUCAUGGAGAAGACGGCCGAACACUUCCAGGAGGCUGUCCGCGAGAACAAGCUGCAUUUUCGUGCCGUGGACCCUGAUGGCGACGGCCACGUGUCAUGGGACGAGUACCGGGUGAAGUUCCUGGCAAGCAAAGGCCACGAUGAGCGAGAGGUUGCCGAGAGAAUAAAGAACAACGAGGACCUGAAGGUGGAUGAGGAGACACAGGAAGUCCUGGAGAACCUGAAGGAUCGCUGGUACCAGGCGGACAACCCCCCCUCGGAUCUGCUGUUGACUGAGGACGAGUUCCUGUCCUUCCUCCACCCAGAGCACAGCCGUGGCAUGCUGCAGUUCAUGGUCAAGGAGAUUGUGCGCGACCUGGACCAGGAUGGUGACAAGCAGCUCUCGCUGCCCGAGUUCAUCUCCCUGCCUGUGGGCACUGUGGAGAACCAGCAGGCCCAAGACAUUGAUGACAACUGGGUCAAAGACAGGAAGCGAGAGUUUGAGGAGCUGAUAGAUGCCAACCACGAUGGGAUUGUGACCCCAGAGGAGCUGGAGGAGUACAUGGACCCCAUGAACGAGUACAACGCCCUCAAUGAGGCCAAGCAGAUGAUCGCCAUCGCUGAUGAGAACCAGAACCACCACCUGGAACCCGAGGAGAUCCUCAAGUACAGCGAAUUCUUCACGGGCAGCAAGCUGGUGGACUAUGCCCGCAGUGUGCACGAGGAGUUCUGA